AUGCCUCAGAAACCAAGAAUACAAAUUGGAAUUUCAUGCAGAAAUAUACCCAAAUUACUGAAAGCAUCAUACGCCAAAUUUUCAGUAUCUUACGGUGGUUAUCUACACGAAAAACAUGUAACUGAAACUGAACUUGUUUAUAACAAUCUUUCACCAAAUUAUACUACACGUCUUAAUUUGGAAUAUUGUUUUGAAGAGAAACAAAUUAUAACAACAGAAAUAUUUGAAUGUGACCGUGAAGAUCGAGAGAAUUCGGUUCUUCUCGGUUAUAUACAGUGUACUGUUGGCCGUGUGAUCCAUAGUGGCGGUGAACUAAUUUUACCAAUAACAUGGAAUGAAGAUAUUCAAGUUGAUCGAAAUACAUCAACAGAAGUGGUCGUUUGCAUUCGAGAAGAUCCUUUUUCUAAAGAAAAUAUUUUUAUUAAAAUGAAUGGAGCAAAUUUGGAUAAAAAAGAUUUUUUUGGUAAAUCCGAUCCAUAUGUAAUUAUCUAUCGAAGAAAUGAACGAGGAAAAUUACAAAAAUGUUACCGAAGUGAAGUGAUCAAGAAUACAUUAUUUCCAGACUGGAAACCGAUUCUCAUAUGCUUAGAUAGAUUAUGUGGAGGGAAUAUUGAUUGUGAAUUAUAUUUCCGAUGCUUUGACUGGGAUGGAGCUGUCGGUGAUUCUGAAGAUGUUGAUACAGAAAUUGAUGAUCUAAUUGGUGAAUUUAAUACAACUGUUAGUCGUUUGUUGAACAGUAAUGAAAAUGGAAUUGAAUUUCAGUUGAUUAAUAUGCCGAAGAAAAAACGGAAAAAAUGCUAUCAGAAUUCUGGUCUACUUACUGUAAAAUUAUAUUUUGCUCAAUCGAAAUUUUCAUUUCUUGAUUAUAUAUUUGGUGGUCUUAGUAUAAAUGUAGUUGUGGCUGUCGAUAUGUCAACUCAUGCUUCAAUGAAUUCAAUAACAAAUACACCCAGUCAACAAAUAGAAUUAUCUCAAUCUCAUACAGAAUAUGAAGUUGCUAUACAAGCUGUAAUGGAAAUACUUCAAGAAUAUGACAGUGAUCAACUAUUUCCUGCUUUUGGAUUCGGUGCAAAGGUUUCAUCAGGUGGUAAAUUAUCUCAUAGAUAUCCAUUAAAUGGGGAUGUAAACAAUUGUUAUUGUAAAGGUAUGGCAGGAGUACUUUCAGCUUAUAGGCGUUGUUUAACCGAUUUAUAUUCAUCUGGUCCAAUAUUAUUUGCACCAAUCAUUCGAGAAGUUAGCGAAGCAGCUAAACGAAGUGAAGCAGCCGAUAAUUAUUAUGUUUUAUUAAUAUUAACUAAUGGUACUGUAGAUGAUUGGAUUGAAACUAAAAAAUCUGUAAUUGAAACUUCAUUUCUUCCCAUAUCUAUCAUUGUACUCGGUGUUGGUGGUGGGAAAUUUUCAGAAAUGGAGAUUUUGGAUCAAGAUUUUGGUUUACUGAAAGUUGGUCAAGAACAAGCUUGUAGAGAUAAUGUACAAUUUGUACAAAUGCGACGAUUUUUACGAUUAGCGGCUGACGGAUCAGAUAGUAUUCGCUGGAGUAAAGUAGCAUUAGCUAAAGAGGUAUUAGCUGAAUUACCUUCACAAAUUUUAGAAUAUUUAGACAAAAAUCAUCUUAGUCCACAACAUCUUGUGCCUAGACAAGCAGAAAAACUCAGUGAUUUAACAAAUCCUGAUUGGUGGCGACGAUUUACUCAACCAUUAUCUGAAAAUCAAAUGAAUCCAAUAAGUAAUUUAUCUGAAGAUGAAAAUGAUGCUUUUCAACGUUUACAAUUAAUGGAUAAAAAUAAUCCAUCAAUAAUAUCAUCAAAUUCACCAAUUAGUUCAACAUCAUCUGAUCAAUAUUAUUGUAAAUCUGGUCAAAUAUUUAAUUUAUCUGAUAAUAAUGAUAAUAAUUCUACAUUAAAUGAAAUGAAAAGUUAUUCUAUGAAUCAAUCAUCCCCUAAAAAAUCGAUAAUACCAUUAUAUCGUCAAAUGUCAUUAGGUACAACAAAAUUAACAGAGAAUUAUCCAAUUAAAACACGUUUUCGACGUUUACCAAGUGGUGCAGAUACUAAUCGAAUUUCAUCAGCUCGAUCUAAUAUUAAUAAUACUACUGGUAAUAGUUCAAAAUAA